UUCCUUUGGGAUUAAUAAAGUAUUUUUUGAAUUGAAUUGAAUUGAAAAUUACUAAUAUAUGAUUAUCUUAAUUUGACUCGGCUCAGUUCAGUUUAGCUUAGCGAAAUUAGAUUAGUUUAACGUAUCUUAAGUUAGCUAAAUUUAACUAACUAGUUGGAUCAAAUUGGAUGUAAAUGUUCUGUAUUUCAAGUAUUUUAACUCGUAAACAAACUGACUAGUUUAAAUUGAGAUUGCAGGAACCAAAUUCACCCAGAAGAUGGCAGCAGAGAUACUGGAAACCCAAAUAGGAACAGGUUUGGAGCAGAUACUCCAGCGGCACGGGAUCCAGUUCCUCUGCACGGGAUCCAGUUCCUCUGCACGGGAUCCAGUUCCUCUGAAAGGAGCAUGACCUCUGGGACGCUCAGGUCACGUCUGGUUGCUUGUCUUCUGAACGUCUCUGAGGCUCGCAGGACGGACCUGGUGGAGAACGUGGCCAAGGCUGCUUUGUACGACGCAGAGGGCGUGCAGCGGAAGGAGACCACGGUGCUGAACAUCUUCAACGAUCAGGACUAUAACCGCUCCGUCAUCACCAUCGUGGCCUCCAUCGACUCCAUCAGAGACGCGGUGCUGUCUGCGUGCCAGGAGGCGUGCGCGCUCAUCGACAUGCGCGGGCACGUGGGCGUGCACCCCAGCAUGGGGUCGGUGGACCUGAUCCCCAUCUACCCGCUGGGGGAGGCGGUGGGGGAGCGGGACUGCGUCCAGCAGGCCCUGGCGGUGGCGCGCGGCCUCACGGACACCGUCCGCGGCUCCAGCGUCUUCCUGUUCGGCUGGGCGGACGCGGCGCUGCAGCGCAGCCUGGCCCGCAGGAGGAAGGAGAUGUUCUGGUUCCGGAAGAGUCCGGACCUGCGGGCGCUCACCGCCGACGUUGGGCCGCCACCGCGGGAACGAUACGGACUCACAGGAGUCGGAGCCAGUCCCUACGUCAUGAACUGUAACGUCUCCAUCGACACGCAGGACGUCGCCGUCGGCCGGCACGUCGCCGCCGCCCUCAGGGAGUCGGCGCCCGGUGGGCUUCCUGGGGUCCAGGUGCUGGCUCUGCCACAUGAGGGCACCGUGGAGAUCGCCUGCAACGUGGAGAGCGUGGCGGGAGCCGCGCCCGGCGGCCUGACCGAUCCGCCGUGGCCGCGCUUCAUCGUCGACGGGCGGCCAUAUUGUCACGCCCCGGCCGCCCUCAUCACGGCCCGAGUGGCGGAGCUGGCGGGGCAGCGGGGGGUCGGGGUGAAGGGCACCGCCCUGGUGGGGUUUACCCCCCAGGAGUGCAGGGGCUUAGCUGAGCUGGCUUUGUCUGAGGGGGUCGGGGAGUUCUGGAGGGAGCAGCGAAGGAUCCGCAUGUGAAAACUGACCGGGAGAAAACGACUGAACUGCAGACAAACGAUUCUCCAUCUUACCACCGUCACUGUGAGGACCAGCAUCACGUAAAAUCAACUUUAUUACAUCAUGUCUUUCCCUCAUCGAAAUCGAACCUGGAGCGUUGCUUUGAGUCUUUCAUGUUUGAGAAAUCCUUUCAUCUCCAUGGCAACCAUUCAGCUGAGCAAAAUGCCUGGGUGGACCUAGCCCCGCCCACGAGGCGCAGAUCCUCCUCUGAGCUGCAGCUUCCACCGCCCCCCGAACCUCCACUCAGAUCCUUCAGACUAGCCAGCAGCAAUUAGCAAACAGCUGCUGAGCUCAUAAUAGGAGCUGCUGCUCAGAGUGACGCUGGUAAAAACAUUAAAGGGUUAAUAGAGGAGCCAUGUUGGAUGACUUCCUGGAGGCGGAGCUUCGGAAAGAGCAGGAGUUUUUAACUCUGCCUGUUUAAUGGUUAAUUAGAUUAAAAUUAGUUACAAGAACAAAGACAGCAGCCAUACCAGAACAGAAAAGAGAAACGUUUCGCGUCGUGUGGGAGACAGAAAAUGGACUUUAUGUGGUUCUGUUUUGAAAUAUAAACACUUGAUGAGCUUCUUAA